GCUUUGGUUGAAGGAGCUUCUUUGUAACUUCCUGGACCCGUCAGUAUGGUUCACAGAAAACUCGUUUCAUCUGCGUUGUCCAUGGAAGGAAAACGGGAGAGUUAGAAGCGUUUGUCCUCCAUCAGGGAAACGGAUCUGACGUUUGCGACGACCUGAGGGGUCUGAUCCAGGCUUCGAGCAGGGAUGGCUACGUCCCAGGGCCCCACCAUGCUGUGGAGCCCCAUGGUGAUUGUGGAGGCUGCGGGUGGAGCCCUGCCCCAGGUUUCCCAGUAUUCAAUGAAACCUGCCAACCAGGAAGAGGGCUGUGUGUCCUUUGAGGAUGUGGCUGUGUACUUCUCCUGGGAGGAAUGGACACUACUUGAUGACUCUCAAAGGCUCCUGUACCAGACUGUGAUGACGGAGGCCUUCACACUCGUGUCCUCACUCAGACUUCAACUCUCUGGUAUCCGUGACGUAACUGAGGUGGAGUCUUGUGGAGAUCUCUCUGUGCCUGCACUGAGAUUCCUGACUCCGUGUUUAUGGACAGGUUGUUGGAUCAAAGUGGAGGGUGAGCCGUCCCCUUUGGAGCACAGUCGGUCUGCAGAAGGAGAUCUUACUUCAUCCAGGCUCCAACAGCAGAUGCUGAGCUGUGCUGAGACCCCCUUACUAAGCACAGACAAUGUGACGAUCCUCCAGACCCCCUCAGGUCUUCUCAGGCAUCAGGGCUGUCUGGCAUUUAAGGACGUGGCUGUCUGCUUCUCAGAGGAAGAAUGGACACUUCUUGAUGACUCACAGAGGCUCCUGUAUCACAGUGUGAUGAUGGAGAUCUUCGUCCUCAUGGCCUCAGUGGGACUUGUACCUUCUGAGAUCUAUGACACCACUCAGCUAAAGUCCUCAGAAGAUCCCUUCAGCCCUGUGCUGAGAUUCCUGACUUUGGGAUGUUGGAACAGAGAGGAGGCUGAGAUGUCACCCACUGAACAGACUACUUCUGCAGAAGAAGGAAAUGAACAGCAUAAGCUGAGAGGUGCUGAGAAAUCUCCACAAAGAGAACAGGUCAGGAUCCCAGCUAUGAGGAUUGGCAGGAGUGACCCAUCAGAGAAGAUGUCACAAAGCACAGACAAUGUGAUGGACUUCCAGGACUCCUCAAGUCUUCUUGGGUCUCAGGUGAUUCACAGCACUGGACAGCCACACAGAAGCUCUGAAAAGACAGAGUCCAUUCACUCCAAGAACAGAAACCACAAAUGCAGUGACUGUGGCAAAACCUUUAGUCAUCAGUUCCGGCUUAUUCGACACCAGAAAAUACACACUGGAGAAAGGCCGUUUAAGUGCAAUGAAUGUGGGAGAUCCUUCCGCCAGAAUGCUCAUCUCGUUGUACACUCGAGAAUUCACACUGGAGAAAAGCGUUUUAAAUGCAGUGAAUGUGGAAAAGCUUUCAAUUAUAAGAGCUCUCUCAUUCAUCAUGAGAAUGCUCACAAGGGUGAGAUGCCAUAUAAGUGUAGCGAGUGUGGGAAAUUGUAUAGAAACAAAUCCAGCUUAAUUUGUCAUUAUAGAGUUCACACUGGAGAAAAGCCCUUUGAGUGCAGUGAAUGUGGGGAAUCUUAUAGGAACAAAGUCAGCCUUGCAAGUCAUUAUCGAUUUCAUACUGGUGAAAAGCCCUAUAAGUGUGUUAAAUGUGGAAAAUCAUUUAAGGAAAAAUCCAGUCUUUUUUAUCAUGAUCGAGUACACAAUGGGGAAAGGCCUUUCCAGUGCAGUGAAUGUGGAAAGUGCUUUAUCCAAAAUUCUCACCUCGUGAAACACCAAAAAGUUCACAGCAAGCCUUUUGAGUGCAAUGAGUGUGGGAGCGUUUUUACUUCGGAUUACAGCCUUGCUAGACAUGAGAGAGUUCACGUCACAGAAAAGCAAUAUGAGUGUGAGGAAUGUGACAAAGUGUACUGCUACAGCUCUGGCCUCUAUAAACAUCGCAAAGUUCACAACAGAUAAAUGUCUAAUGAGCAAUGAAUGGAUGAAGUCCCUUUAAACACUGAAAAUUCAUUGGAAAAAAACUUGAAUGCUUCAAAUGUGGAGGGCAUUCUCCCACACCCACACCCAGUAAAGUCUUCAUCAGAGAAGCUUCUCGUUGGUAAUUAACUCAGAGACCCACAACUGGACAAUGAGCAGAGGGUGAGAGACCAGAAGUGGUGAAUGACUUCUAAGAAAGAGUGAUGUCUGUCUAUACACAACAGGACUGAUACAAAUAUGAGCUCACAGAGAGGCAGCAUGCAUAAGACGGGUUCAAAUCAGAUGAAAUCUUAGUGCUGAGAAGAGGAAAUUGCACACAAACUCCCACUUACCAAGAAGACAUUGAUAUUUGCUGGAAAAGGGAAAAUCAAGUUUUCCCCAAUGGACUGUCACUAAAUCUAUCAACAGGCCAUAUGGAGUGUUGGCCACCUGAAAAUGGACUCCUUGGGUGUUUGUUUGAUUUUGUUUUGGGGUAUGUGUAUGUGUACAUGUGGAUUUUUUUUUAUCUUAUUAAGUUUUUUUGUUUGUUUAGCUUUUAAUUAAUUUAUUUUUUUUCAGAGAAAGAACAUGAAGUUGGGUGAAUAGGAAGGUGAGAAGAAUCUGGGAGGAGUUGAGGGACUGUUUGUAUAAUGUUCUUUUGGAAUGUAUGCAUCUUACCCUUCUUCAUUCAAACGCUGAUUUCGCUCCCCUACUAUCUGGUUUCAAUCCAGACAUUGCAUUGUGAUACUUAUUCUAAGCAUCACCUGUCUCAAGUUUGUGUAAACAUGCCACCAUUUGUUCUCUAAAUUCUCAGUUAAAACAACCAGCCACAGUGUUGAGCAAUGGAGAGGAUAGGGUGGGACAUUCUGGUUCAGAUGGGAGGAGAGGAAGGAAUAGGAGGGGGAGGGGAGGAGACAAAGGAGAGGAAGGAGUGGGUAGCAGAGGAGGAGGAGAAGCAGCAGGAGAGAAGCUGGGAGAGCAGAGGCUGGAGGAGAGGUCUUGGAACGACAUGGAGAAAUGAACCAGACCUAAGAUAACACUAUAAGCAGGUAUAAGGGAUGAAUCUGAAUGGUAGGAACUAUGUGGGCUUGGAGGUUUAGGAUGGAGUAACUGUUGCCCAGCACUGUGUUCUAGGUUAACUAAAUAAACCCUAGUCUCUGUGUGGUGAUUUGGUUAUACAGCUGUCUAGGAUUAAAAGCAGCUUUACUAAAAGAUAUAUCAAUAGUAAAUAUUUAUGCCAUAAUACAACAGGGGAUGGAAAAGAAUAUGAUCAAAGUACAGUGUAUGAAAAAAUUAAAUAAAAAAGAUGCAUGUAUGACAUUUCCAAAGAAUUACUUUAAAAGAUGUAUUAUGGGCUACAUCUGAGGAGGCGUUUUAAGUCCUCCAUGCAUGGUCCUCGGUUGGGAUAUCAGUCUCUGCAUGGCUCUCAGUGCACACUUAUUUUUGGCUCUGUUGGUCUCCUUGUGGAGCUCCUGUCCCCUCCAGGUCUUUCUAUCUCUCCCUUCUUUCAUAAAAUUCCAUGCGUUCUGCCCAAAGUUUGGCUAUGAGUCGCAGCCUCUGCUUCGAUACCUCGAUCAGUGGAGUCUUUCAGAGGCCUUCUCUAGCCCAUAGACUCAUUCUCCAAGUGGGUUCCCUAGUAAGGGGAGCAGAGGUUGUCUCUGGCAUGAACUCAGUGGCUGGCUCUCUGAUCACCUCUCCCUGGGGGUACAGCUUGCCAGGCCACAGAAGACAAUGAAGCCAGUCCUGAUGAGCCCUGAUAGGCUCAUAGAAGGGGAGGAGGUCCUCCCCUAUUAGUGCACUAGGGGAGUGGCAUAGGGGAGAAGAAGGAGGAAGGGUGGGAUUGGGAGAUGGAGGAUGGGGCCAUAGCUGGGAUACAAAGUGAAUAAAUUGUAAUAAAUAAUA